CAUACACUGGGCUGCUUAACUUAUGGGAGAGAAAGUCGCUGGGGAGCAACUUCUGGUCGUGUUUAUCCACGGCUUCAAGGGGACUGACGAAACAUUCGGCGCGUUUCCAGAGAGAUUACAACACCUACUGGCCCAAACCACAGAGGGUAUCGACGUAGAGUGUAUCGUGUUCCCUGCGUACGAGACGAAAGGGGAUCUGGAUGCCGCCGUCGAGCGCUUCGCAGACUGGCUCGCGCAGCUGACUGUAGAGAAAGAGGUCGCAAAAGGUCUGGGAGGUGGUGCUGGGAAAUCCAAGGUAGUGUUAUGCGGGCACAGGCGAGUUACUUUUCAUAUGGGUGGCCUGCUUGCGGCCGACACGCUCCUAGCCCUGUAUGAAUCCCGUCCAGACAAGGAGGCACCUUUAUGGCCGAACAUUAUUGCGUGUAUAGCUUUCGAUACUCCAUAUUUCGGCGUACACCCAUCUGUGUUCAAGAACAGCGCUAGUAAAGUAGUUAAGCACAUCUCCACAGCACGGACCGUCGUUUCAGACGUCGCCGAUGCGUUCAGCUAUUUCACCGGUAAGAAGGGCGCGGAAUCGGCGGCCGCAUCAAUGGCAUCUUCCAGUACAACCAUCCAGACCCCGCUACUUACCGGGCCCGAAGCAUCGAUUUCCGCAGGAUGGCAGAAAUGGGCCCUUCCGGCAGCCUACGCUAUCAGUGGAAUUGCUGUUGCUGGGGCAGCUGCUGGUACCGCUUAUUGGAGGCGUGAAGACCUUGGAUUAGGAUACGGAUGGGUUCAAGACCACCUGAGAUAUGUAGGGGCGCUAUGGGAUGAGAAGCGCUUACUGAGGAGAGUGGAGAAGGUUAUGGACAUUGAGAAGGAUAUAGGCGUCCUCUUCAGAACGUACUACACACUCCUCCCUGCGGCGUUGCCCGGGCAUGUAAAUCCCCGGACCUUCAUAUACUUACCCAAGUCAUACGAAUCUUCGGAUAAUUUCCGUCCAGCGACUAACAGCGUAGCCCAGGAGGAAAUUGAGGCACAUACGGGGAUGUUUGGAGCCAGUACCAACGAUGGCUAUUACGGGUUAGGUUUGGAUACAGCGCGGGUUAUCAGAGAUGCUCUGGAGAGAGCAAGACACGGGUCGGCGAUGGAUUCAAAUUCUACAUCAGAGAAAGUGGAAGCCGAUAAUUUCGAUGAAGUCCAGGAGAGCACACUGACUACUGUUGAGGAAUUCAUGCCUACCAACGAAGGGAAGCGGAGCGAGAGCACAGCUGCUGAAGAGAUUGAAGAUACCCCAUGGAGAUAGCAAG